AAUGAUGAGCUUGUGGGAACAAUGAUUGCUGAUGCCAUUGACAAAGUUGGACCUGAUGGUGUUUUGUCCAUUGAAUCUUCUUCCUCUUUUGAGACUACGGUCGAAGUUGAAGAAGGAAUGGAGAUUGACAGAGGUUACAUCUCACCUCAGUUUGUGACAAACCCUGAGAAACUACUAGUUGAGUUUGAGAAUGCGCGGGUGUUGAUCACUGAUCAGAAGAUCACUGCAAUCAAAGACAUCAUCCCCAUCUUGGAAAAGACCACUCAGCUUCGAGCUCCAUUGCUGAUUAUUGCAGAGGAUGUUACAGGUGAGGCCUUAGCAACCCUUGUCGUGAACAAACUCCGUGGUGUCCUCAAUGUUGUCGCCGUGAAGGCUCCUGGAUUUGGAGAAAGAAGAAAGGCUAUGCUUCAGGAUAUCGCUAUCUUGACAGGAGCUGAGUACCAAGCCCUUGACAUGGGCUUGCUGGUCGAGAACACAACAAUAGAUCAGUUGGGUAUUGCUCGUAAAGUCACCAUAAGCAAAGAUUCGACUACACUUAUCGCAGAUGCAGCUUCCAAGGACGAGUUACAAGCUCGUAUCUCUCAGCUCAAGAAAGAACUAUUCGAGACUGAUUCUGUCUACGACUCAGAGAAGCUCGCUGAGAGAAUAGCUAAACUCUCCGGUGGUGUUGCUGUCAUCAAAGUGGGAGCAGCGACUGAAACUGAGCUCGAGGACCGUAAGCUUCGUAUUGAGGACGCAAAGAACGCUACAUUUGCUGCUAUCGAAGAAGGUAUAGUUCCUGGUGGUGGCGCAACUUUGGUGCAUCUCUCCACUGUGAUUCCUGCCAUUAAAGAGAAGCUGGAGGAUGCUGAUGAACGUUUG